AUGUUUUUACCGGCUGAACUAGAGUUUGGCCUGAAUAUGAUCCGCUUUGCGUUUGCCAAUGAGCCCUUAGUCGUAUCACCCGUUUCCAUGAUUUUCGCUCUGGCAAUGAUCCGACUUGGGGCAAAAGGCCCCACAAGGUCUCAAAUCAAUUCCGUCAUUUCUAGAGAUGCAUCUGAUGACGAGAUUGAUGAUUACUAUCCAAGCCUCUACAGCCAUCUCCAGAAUGCAUCAGGAGGGGUGAAAACCAACAUUGCCAAUGGGUUUUUUCUAGACAAGAAUUUUUAUAUCGAAAAAGAGUAUGAGCGGAAAAUCAGGAAAGAUUACAAUGCCCGAGUUCAAGCGUUGGACUUCAGGAUGAAGGAGAAAACUGCCAAAAUGGAGUUCAUGCAAGCCUUCAAUGUGUACCGGCUCUACGCGGAAGACGAUGAGAUCCAAGUACUAUCGCUGCAAUAUGCCGACACAUCAUAUGCCUUCAAUAUCUUCCUCCCGAAAACAAGAUUUGACUUCAGCAACAUGCGGUGGAGUUUAACUGCAAAGCAAAUUAAGGAGCUUCUGUCGAAAUUGGACCAAACCUACAUGACGAUCAUGAUCCCAAAGAUGAAGAUUGAAACGAACCUCAAACUCAAAGAAAUUCUUCCCUCGAUGGGUAUCUCAAACAUAUUCAACCACCAUGCCGAUCUGAGUGGAAUCACCCAAACAACUCCAUUACACAUCUCUGAAGUCACUCAUGAUGCGAUUAUUGAGGUUGAUGAGGAUGGUACGACGGCAGCCGCAGCCACAAAGUUCAAAGCCGAAUGGAAAUCACUCAAAGUAACUGUACCUAUAGAGUUCAUUGCAGAUCAUCCGUUCAUGUUUAUUCUUACUAAAGAUAAAAACCCUUUGUUUAUGGGUCAAUUCUUAUAA